CGAUGAUGAUGAAGAUGAUGAUGAUGAUGAUGAGGGGGCGAGGCCGGGGUCGGGCGGUGGCUGAUGGCGGUGGUGCGGGUUCUGGGGCUCAGCCACAUCUCCUUCCACGUGGGCAGCAGCGAGGCCCUGUGCCGGGAGCUGCGGGGCCGCUAUGGCUUCAGGCUGUGGGGCAGUCGGGUCACGGCCUCGGCCGAGCAGCAGGUGCUGAGGAAGGGCUCGGCCGUGUUCAUCGUGAACCAGAGGCCGGGAGGGAGGCCCCGGGCCCGGGCCCAGGCCUCGGCCUGGCCUUCGCCCUCGGGCGGCUUCCUCUACGACGUGGCCCCGGCUCCCGGGGUGGACACGGCGGCCAACGUCUGCUUCGAGGUGAGGCGGGUGGAGGAGGCGGCCCGGCGGCUGUCCGGCCUGGGCUGCCGGGUCCUGGUGCCCCCCAGGCGGGUGGAGGGGGAGGGCGGCCUCGGGCCCGUCACCUACACGGUGCUGCGCUCGGCCCUCGGCAAUGUCUGCCACACGCUGGUGGACCGCAGCGCCUACAGCGGAGACUUCCUGCCCGGGUUUAGCCCCGAGCCCCGCGGGCCGGGGCCGGGGCCGGGGGAGGGGGAGGGGGGGGAGGCCGGGCCCGGGCCCGGGGUCUCGGUCUCACACCUGGACCACAUCACCUACGCCUGUGACCGGGGAGACACGGGCCGUGUGCUGGGCUGGUACCGGAGGUGCUUCGGCUUCGAGCGCUUCCCCCUGUGCCGGAAUGAAGAUGUAAAUGAAGGCUACGUAAUUGAAGGAAAUGAUGUGGGACUGCGCUUGACUGCUAUGCGUUAUUGGAAAUGCAGUGAAGUUGGUAUGUCAAUCCCUGCCACCAAGGAGAAAAAAAUGGACUGCAAGUUUGUGAUCGCUGAGUCCUUACCGUACCAAGGAAAGAACCAAGUUGAUACGUUUUUGCAGCAGCAUCAUGGAGCUGGGAUACAACAUGUAGGAUUGUACACGACUGACAUAGUCUCUACUUCCAAAUGCCUAAUGGAUAAUGGGGUCCAGUUUUUCUUUCCACCACCUGCCUAUUAUACUGAGACCAGCAAACGUCAGGAGAUAAUGGAAGUAGGACAAGACCCAGAUGUACUCUUAAAGUAUGGUGUUCUUCUGGAUGCAGCGCUGGAUGAGGAACAAUGUAAUGAAGUCAAAUGUCAGGAAACAACUGUCAACAAUAAAAGAUACCUAAUGCAGGUGUUCACAAAGCCAUUAUUUUCUGAAGACACCUUUUUUCUGGAGCUGAUUGAGCGAAAAGGUGCUGCAGGCUUUGGAGAAGGAAACAUCCGUGCACUAUGGAAAUCUCUACAGACUUAUAUUGACCAAAAAGAGGACAAGGAAACAAAAGAAAAAGCUCAGAAUGGAUCCCCUUUAAUGAGAACUAAAAACUUGCUUGGAGGAGUUUCAUCCAUUUGACUGAAUCAUGUACUUGUUCUGAGAUUCCUAUAUCUUGCCAAUACUCACACAUAGCCCACACCUCAGCAUCAGUUAUUAUCACAAAAAGAGAGUAAACGACAAGAGUCAAAGGAAGAAAACCUAAAGUACCCCCUUCCCAACUCAAGGAAAAUAAUAUAGCACUGGCAUUAUGUGCAAACUGAACAAUACUUGAAAAGCACUCUUGAUACUUGAAACAUACACUGUAUUCUAGAUUUCCAGAAUUUCAACAUUUUGAAGAACAAAAGCAAUGACUUAUACAACAUCCUAGCUGACCAAUUAGUUUGAAACUUGACCAAUGACUCCAAACUGUCAUUUUGUAGAAUCUGUGCCAUGAGUGGAUUUCAAAUGUUAACAGAUUUUUCUAUUUGAGUAUUAUUUUAUACAGUUGUUUCAUAUUUUGGUUAUUUUAAUUUAUGACUUCAAAUCGUCAAAUAAUAAUAAUAAUCCUUGCAUUUGAUAUAGCGCUUUUCACGUCGGGAGGACAUCCCAAAGCGCUUCACAGAACACACUGUAAAGUGAAUUGACUGUAUAUUUGUGGGCGAACGCGGCAGCCAAUUGCGCAC